AUGUUUGACAAGAAUGGUAGAUGCGAAGUGGUCGAUUCUCCAGGAUUUGCAAAGGAAUUGGUGGACAAUUUUCGAUGGAUGAUGGACUCUUUUUCUGGAAAAACAAGUCAUGAAGAUCGACAAAGAGUUAUCUAUACACUGGUAGAUACGGCUCAGCAUGGAUAUAGAAAAAUCAUGACAGCUCUUCUGUAUGGAAUUCUGACCGAAGAUGAACAUACGAAGUAUUAUGACCAUAUUUGCAAUCAUGACAGAGACAAUUAUGGUUAUCUUAUAUCUGUGAUGAAUCAGAUAGUUAAAUACAGAGGUUUUGAAUUAUAUUCAAGAAAAACGAUUGAUCGAAUUUUAUGGCUUAUUACAAUUAUCAUAGAUGAAAAUAGAGAAAGCACAGUUAACGCUGGCUUGUAUGAAGUUAUUGAAUGUCUUCUUCGUCAGAUUUGUGGAGGAGAUCUCUCCGAGUCAAACAUUUGGCUAUGCGAGAAGAUGCUUGAUUUGCUAAAGAGAGAAUCAGCGUGGCUAUUUCAGAAUGAGCGUUUGAUACAUAUAACUUUCUACACAUUCGCGAGCUUGGCAAGGGAGCAUGACAGAUUUGAUCAGCUACGGACUCGGGAGGCACAAUUUUGCAAAAUUAUUUUUGAUAAUCAUUACAACGUGUGCUUUAAAAUCGGUCGCGAUUUGUAUCGAUUGUUGUUUGAAGUCUCAAAUAUACCCGAUUUCGCAGCCAUUUAUAAUAAUUUGGAUCAUAAUGCAAAAUUGCUUAUAAUACGAAAACCAACGGUGGAUUAUUGUUUGAGCAGUCGUCUUACAAACGAUGAGAAGGCGAGAAUAACCGCGUACUUAGAAAAUCAUACACCAAAGGCUUUUCUGCGAAAAUUUGAAACGUUCUUUAGAGAUUUUUCAGUAUCUGGAUAUACGCUUGUAGACAUAAUAAGAUGGAUAUGUUGCGCAUUUCGUUCAAUUGCUAAUCAAUUAUUUUAUGCGCAGCGUGAAAAGGAACCGUCAAGUGAAAUAAAACAGUCAAUUAUGGGGUUGUCAAAAACGGCUCUAAUAUUGGAUUGGUUAUCUUUUGAUAGGAACAAUCCAACUAUUCGUUUGAUAAUAGAAUCUUACCGUGCUGACUCUCAAUUCGGUUCAGAAUUAAUUGAAUUUUUAGGAUCUUCUAUUAAUAAUUUCCCUCCGGUCCUUGAACCUGAAAUUCGCGAAAAUGUUAGGGUCGCUGCUCAAACGGUUUUACGAAGGAAUAUUAUGACGAUUGAAGACCUUAACAUGAUUCGGAGUAAAGCCAACGAUGGCCGUGCAAACAGGAUAAUAUUGGAAAUAUGGGGUAACAAUAAACAGACAGAUUUUGAACCCAUGAACAUUCAACCAACGAUUACGCGUUCAAAUACUCAAAAUAAUCCACAAUUUGGAAUAUAUCCAUUACACAAUCAAGCAAGUUCUUCGCCUUCAGCUUCUUAUUCAUCGAAAAUUCAAACUGAUUCUCCCCAAUCUCAUGCACCAGCUGCACAAACUCAGACUUUGAGUAAUCGAAUUCAACCUGUUCCCUCAUCUCCAAAUACUCCUCAAAAGAUUGUACAGUCAGUAAUUAGCCAAUCAAUACCACCAACAUUAUCACAGCAAUUUUCCCAGCAACAAAAUCUUUUGCCUCCACGACAACAAUUAACACCUUUAAAUCAAACUACAGGCGCCUUAUAUAGCCGACCAUUGAAUCAAUCUAGUAGCACUUCUAAUAAUGACCAGCAAGGUUCUAGACGCACAUCUGUAAAAUAUGAUUCUUUACCAAUACAAAGUAAUCCAUUAGUUCAGCCAACGCAGCAGGAUUUACCUGUUUCAGUACCAAGACAACAACAAAUACCUCCAACGUCAGCAUUAAAACCUCUGGAUCAGCGAACUACUCUCGAUAAAUCUAAAAAGCUUGCAGAGUCACGAAUGUGGCGAUAUGCAUCUGCGUUACCAAACUUUGAGAAAGCCAUUCAGAGCAAUAACAUUGAUGAGGCUCUUGAACAUCUCAAGAGUAUUUUUGAAAUUUUUUUAAAGAGUGUCGACCUUGGAUUUCCUAAUUCGCCUCAUUUUGAAGAAUUGCCUGAAAAGUUGGCAAAACCCUUAUGUAAUUCAAUAAAUUUUGAUGAACUGAAUAAUUGUUAUGAUUUAGUUAACCGAUUUCUCAGAAUCGAGCCUUCUGGUCGAAAUCUUUUCAAUCAAUUGCUUUCGUGGAUAUUUCAAUGGAGAACUGAAUCAAACGAUAAUGACACUAAUAAAUAUAAGGCGUUUGAACUAUUAAGAGUGAUUAUGAAUUGUACUAAACAGGCAGAUGGAAACAAAGUGAUUCAUGUCAAAGCUCGAACAAAAUUGAACUUAUCGCAAGGUACGGCGGGUUUGGCACUCGAUACAAUGGGUAGCAUAAACAUAAACUUAUCAGAAGUCAUCGAGUUGUAUACCACUUAUUUAAACUUUGAAAUUACUCGUGACAAGACAUCAUUUGAUAUUGAAGAAUUUAAACAAAGAUGGUUGGAGGAUCUGGCCGAAAAAGAAAAUAAUGUAUUUUUAGCCAUGGUCCCCCAAUUACUCAAAUACUGGUCAAAUAUUUUUGUUGGAAAUUCACGCUUCAUUUACAUGAUUGUGAGUGGAGUAAACCCUGUAAUUAUUUAUAAAUUUGAAACUGAUUUGAGACAACAAAAAUAUAAAGUUAUUGGCAAUGUCGAAGACGUAGAUUCUUUUCUUGGAUGUGCUUUGGAAUGGGAACCGUUUCAGCAGAUAUAUCUGUUUAAUCUCAUAAGAUCAGAAUACGGUAAUGAUGUUAUUCAGACUGAAAAAUUCAUGAAUGCAUCAACUUACUUAAAAAGUUUGGAUCCUCUAUCAAAUCCAGAAGCAUUAUCUGGCUUAAUAUGGCUCCUUGAAACUGUCCCCCCUACUGUCAAAAUCAUCGAGGCUCUGUUCGAAAUUAUGAUUCCUAAAACCGAUGUUGCGCGUUUUGAAGUAAUUAAUUAUAUAAACUCGAUAUUUCACACAUGGCAGAAAAAUACGACAAAUAUGUCAUUGUUAAAGUCUAAUUUAGAGUCGUAUUUUGACAAUCUCAACACGGAAGACAAUAAAGAUGAAAUUAAAGCUGCAGUGGAGUUAAUGGAUGAUUUAUGGAAAAAAGCACAUCCUACAUUAAAACGUGAAUUAUCGGCAUUGCAACCAAAAGUUGAAACAUUGGCUGCUUCAAUCGGCAUACAUAUAAAAUUUUUUAAUGUGUUUGAAGAGCCUUCGAAUGAAAAACACAUGGAAAGUGAAGAAAAUGAUGAUGAGAAUAGUGGUAAUUCCAGGUCUAGUGUACUGUCAAUAUCAAAAAAAACUAAGUCUCAAGACCGCAAAUUACGUUCUACAACUGUGCAGUCUCGUAACACAGCGAAUGAACAAACCACAUCAACAUCCGAUGGAGAAGAAAAUGAGGAGGAGACAUCACAUAGAACGCCUUCGCCACCUGUUCAACCAAAACGUGUUAAAAGAAAAAUUAUAGUUACUUCAUCGGAAGAAGAACAAGAAGUUGAGCAACCGAACAAUCGAAAAAGUCGUUCAUCACGUGCACGUUCUUUAGCGCAACGAACAACAUCGCAGACUUCUAGAAAACGAAAGAAAGUUGAAUAG